AAGAAAAAAAAUAACUACACUUUAGUAAUUAAGCUCUAUGCAGACAGUAUAAUUAUAAAACCUAGAAAACUAUUUAAAAAAUUAGACUAUACAGAAAUAAAAAGUCUAAUUACAGGCAGUAUAUUUAAGGUACUUUUAUAUAAUUUAUUAGUUUAUAAGGGACAAAUCUUUAACUUUUAUCUUAUAUAUAAAGUUAAAGAAAAAUUAACAUAG